AUGGGUUGUGUGCGCAGUGCACUUGCCCGGUCAGGAGGAUGUGUGUGCGUAAUGAGAAGUAAACGUCGCAGACAGGUUGGCGCUGUUGCGCGUCCUGCCUGUGUGGCGGCUGUGCAUGCACUGCUCAAGCUGGGAGCUGAUGUGGAGGCUGGAGCUGCUACGGGGGAUGUUGGCUGCGUGCUGCUGAAGCUGGGAGGAGACGGGGAGGUCCCGGACCCGACCCCUCUGCGCAGCGGCGCUAAUAUGGUUGUGCUUGAUGGGCAGGCAGAUGUACCGGCGCCUGGCAGCGAGGGCUGCUUCGUGCCGCCUGCUCGGGCUUGA